ACGAGAGUAGUUGGAUGGACAUAAUCGGUAGACGAGAGCGAUAUCAUGACAAAGGGAAGCAACUCAUACCAUAGAAAUUGUUUGUAAAAAAUCGGAAAAAAGGCUUUUGUUGGUGUUUUUUUAGAUCUAAUGCUGUGAGAUACCAGUAGAUGUGUAAAAACAGACAAAGUCAUGGCAACGAUGCUGAAGUUUGGGUACAGCUAUAUCCGUUUUUUCGUGGAUUAUGUCACAACUGUAUGGCCAAUCUCUUGGUUGUACAGUUUCAAAUCUUUAGAAGCCAGCAGUGACUCCAUGAAUGAUGUUAAUCAGAUUGUUAAACACCUUUAUCAACAUCAGAAAGGCGAGACUGACAAAACUAUCGGUGAGAUAAGUCAAGAAAUCAAGACAUUGAAUUUUCAGGAGGACAUUUUAAGCAUUCGGGAUGAAAUGUACGGCUUGAAUAUUCUGCAGCAUGCAAUUAUUGUCCAUAACAAGGAUAUAGUGGAACUUCUGAUCAGUAACGUAGAAAUUCCGUCACAGGUAGAAUGUAAUUCAGUGACACACAUGGCAGCUUUCCUCGGUCAUCUGCAGAUACUGAAGAGUCUUUUUAUGGAACGUCCUUUCGAUUUGUAUAAAAGGGCUGGAUUGUGUUACCCGGCCUUACAUGAACCAAUUUCUUACUAUAGAAGAAUGGGUUUUAUGUUUCAAGAGAAGUACCGAUGUGAAGAAGAAAAAUUACUCCCAAUAGAAUGGGCAAUGGUUGGAGAUCACUUGAUCUGUGUUGAGGAAAUGAUUAGCAAAAUGGAAGAGAUGGGAGGGAGACAAUUUAACCUGACAAAAUUCUUGCAUUUUGCAGCUUCUCGUGGUGCUGAGAAAUGUUUGGAAUAUUUUGUUAAAAGAUGUCCCAAUAAGAUUGAUCAUGUAAGUAAAACUGGAGAUGUCCCACUCCUCGAAGCUGUUGUCUGGGGACGACAGUGUGCAAAAGUAUUGAUUGAUAAUGGAGCAGAUGUGAAUAGAGUUGCAGAAAAUGGUGAUACAGCACUCCAUCGUCUGUACAGAAAUGAUAUUGAUGGGAUUUUUGCCAUUUUUGAUACAACAAAAUACCUGCUCACUACAGGUAUUGAACAGUUAAUUAACACCAUUAAUUUGAAAGGAGAGACUGCAUUGCACCUGCUGGUGACACACGUAUCAUACAUCGGCGGGAACUACUACCACCCUGAGCAAAGAUCAAUGCCACGCUGGCAGAUGCAACCUGACUAUCAGGAACAGGUGAUCAAGACCAUUAAAUUGUUACUGAGUUUCAACGCAGACCCACACAUCUUUGAUUCUCUUCAACUUCAACCGCUUAACAAACUUCUUCAUGUGACAAUGAAAGCAAGUCGACCCCAUGAUUUCCUCGAGUGUGUCCAAGGUUGCAUAAACUCUAAAUACGUUUAUAGGAAUGACUUUGGAAGUUUAGCGAGAGCAAUUGAAGUGCUGAUCCAGAAUGGUGCUGAAGUAAAUACGCAGUGUGCAAUAGGUCAUACACCACUAAUUCUCCUCAUUCAAACAUUGCUGAAUACAGAAGUUCCAGAUCUAGUCCAGCGAAGAGACAGCAUACUUACAGCUUGUGAACUUCUUCUGAAAAAUGGUGCUAAAUGUAACUAUAUAUCUGAGGACAAGAAAACAUGUUGCUCACUACUUGCAGAGCUUGCAAAGAAAAUUUUGAAGCGACCUGCUGGGCGUAAUGUUACUUACGUGGAACAGGACGCAGAAUUGAAGAAAAAGUACGCAGAGCUGGUCAACAAUAUUCUUGUCAUGUUCUUGAAGUAUGGACUGAAUCCAAAUUACAAAACAAACAAGAAGAGUCCGCAUUUAUCAGGUGGGAGUGGGAAUGGUCUGAUUGAGUUUGUUCGUUUAACUGUGCAUGCAAGGAAUGGGGAUGAUUUUCAGAUUGUUUACAUGUGGCUUCUUACCUUACUGCAGUGGGGUGCUGAUCCAGACAUUGAAUCAUACCCGUCAGACCCCAUCAUCUGUCACUCCCAGAGCUCGAUAUUCCUGAAAAAACAAAGCACGCAACCAAUGAGUCAUUUUAUCCACGAAAUUAAGGAAUUGCAAGCAAUCUUUGAGCAUGGACAUGCCGAGGAAUUACUACUGUUGUUCUACAAAACGAUGGACCACAAGGUCCUUCAUGACUGUUUGUCUACAGCAAGUUUUAUGGCAAGAUUUCAUCCAAUGGGAGCCACAGGAAAGAAUUUCUUGUCCUUGUUGAAUGGACUAUCGGAACAUCCGAGGUCACUGAAGCAGUUGUGUCGAGUGUCUAUUCAUAAAGCAGUGGAUAGGAAACUCACAACUUCAAUAGAUCAGUUGCCACUUCCAAAUGCUUUGAAAAAAUAUUUGCUGGACAUCGAGUAGGUGCAAAUAAGCAGAAAUGAUAUGAAAAAAUGUGGUUGUCAUUUUAAAGAAAUCCGUUGAAUGUUAAAAAAAGUAGCAAACAUAGGAUUAACUUGAUGAUUAAGCAUUGAAAUGUAAACUGCUGUUAAAAGGCUUAAAGGACUUACAGCAUUUGGUUAUUAUUAUUAUGUAUUAGUCAAAUUUCCACAUAUAUAAUUAUGUUAACUUGGUUUUCAUGUUAGUUUGUUAUAUAUCAUGACAAAAUUUACUGAACACUGCAGAACAAUCAUGAAAACAAUUCUAGUUAAGAUGUAUUGUUAACAAUACCAGUUUCUUUUACACUCUCAAUGUCAGUAUUCACAUUCUUAAUUAGACAACAUACAUACAAAUGAUCUUUGAUUAAGUCUCUAGAUACAUUUUGUUUUGUUUUAUCAAAAUUUCUUUGCCUUAAAUUGUUUAUAAUUGGUUUCUGUCAGAUUUUUGUUUUGAAGUUGAUUUGGUUUAAUGAAUUAAGAAAAUAGUUAAGUUUGUGUAUAUUCUAAAGGUAUAGCUAAAGUAAGCUUGAUUUGUAAUAGACAUAAACACACUAAAUAGAAGGUUGCAACACACACAAUGACCAAUUUUAUAUCUCUAUAACCUCCAUUAAUAUUUGAGAAUGUUGUUAGUGCUCAAUAAAAGUCAAAAGAAAAAUGGUGGGGAGAGGGGCAUGAUUGAUGCAAGAAAUUUUUUUUAGUUGAGAUAAACAGACUGUUUUAAGUCGGCUCUAAAAUGAAAUUUUAAAUUGUUGCGAUGGUUUGUGACCUCAGUUUUAAUGAUAAAUUCUGUAAUGCAAUGCUUUCUUGAUGAAAAGGCUGCCUAAAUAUCAAACAUAGAUCUGUCGUAUGAUUUCAGCAAACACAACAUUGCAAUGAAAAUGGCUUAUUCAAAUACAGUCUACUCGGGUAUUCCGAAUCAGUCUAAAAUGCAAUUUUUCAAGCGAUAAACACAGUUAAAGUAUGUUGUAUAUUGACUCGAGAUGCUGAUUUUUGCCAGAAAGAUAUAGAGCUGCUCUCUUCAAGAGACUCUUUACUUAAUUGUCAGGUGAUGUACAUAGGUAAAUAAUACAUGGACAUGUAGAGACCGUACCAUAGCUCUUCGCAUACUUUGAUUUUUCAAACUAAAGUGAUUUUUACAAGUGCACCGGUUACGAUAAAAAUGUAAACAACGGACUCUGUCUAUGAAACUUUGAAAUGAAUGAAUGACAGUCGAUCUCAGUCAUAAUACUGAUUGACAGUGAAUGCUAAUGACUCCAUGUGUUGCAGAAAGGUAUUUAGUUUGUAACUGUAAUUUCCCAUCAAUUGAAAUCCUCUCAAAACUGGUAAAAUAAUUACUUAUAUUUGGACAAAUCUCAUCGUCUUUGCCGUUCGGCAGCUGCAAAAAGGGCAAAUAUAAAAGAUUCAGUGCAAGUAAUAUUUGACUGGUACUGCCAGUUAGUAAGUUCAUACUCUGAACAACACGUCAGAGAAAUUUGGGCAGAUUUGACCAAUUAUGACGUUGGCAGCAUUAGAUUAUAUUUUUUCUUUACACAAAAAUUGCCGUUAGGUAACAAAGCGAAUACGCCGAUAAUCCGGAGUUCACCGAUUAUUGUUCCAGUUCACGCAAUGUAAUCCAGCAAUUAAACUGCAUAGCUAUUAGCUACUGCUGUUAUAGGGAAGUGGUAGAGUGUCUGCCUUAGGGGUGAGAGGUCCUGGGUUCGAGUCCCAGUUAGAGCUUAACUCUAUUUAGAUUCUGCUAAAGCAUAGUUUUGCUGUUAAUAGACUGUUCCAGAUGUUCUAAAUUUUUAGCACACAGUAUCAUGGAUCAGUAUUUAGCAAUCCAGAUCAAAAUUGAAUGUUAAAUCAAAUGCACCCAAUUAGAAAAUAUUGACUAUAUUAUGUCCCUUUGAUGUUUAUGCUCUCCAUGUUCAAGAAGAGUUACAUUUCCUUGAUCACAAAAUUUUCGUUAUCAUGAAUAUAUUAAAUGCUCAUAACUCCGCACUUCUAGUUAAAAUAUUGUCUAAAUUUCUGUUUUUGAGAAAUAUAUGGACAUUUCUCUUCAUUUCAAAGCUUUUUAACUUCAAACCUAUGAUUUGAAAAACUUAGGUACUAUCUCUAGGACAUGGUGUACAAUAUAUACCUAUCACACUAUAGAUAUAUAAAUAUUUUAACAUUACAUAUAAAAAAGUUGUUUAUAUUAAACAAAAGUCAUUAAAUAUGAGGUAUUCAGAAUCACUUCACUUAUGUCUGUACUAUUCUAUACCAAAUAGUCAUUUAUAACAUGUAUACCUCACUUCCCUUUAAUCACCGUUAAAUAUUUACCAGUGUUACCCUAUAAAUUUAAAAAUGCCUUGAACUCGUGUCAAUAGUAAGUCUGAACCAUUUUACAUGCUACUAUGUGUUACACGGAAUGGCGUUUUUUUUCUCCAUGUUGAAACUGUAACAAUAAAUAUAUAUAGAUUUCAUUGUGGUCUUCUUUUUUAAAUUCAAAAUAAUUAUUUUGUGUGAUCUAACGAUCAUGAAUUUUUUCUAACAUUCCGAAGAGCAUUUCAUUUUAAAACUAAUAUCUGUCAGUAAACAUCUAAAGGUAGAAAUGAGUAAGGGCAAUAGUGAUUCGGAAUACCCGGAAAUGACUCAAAAUAGCCGAGGUCACGGAGUUCGGGAAAAUUUAAAUAUUACGCAAAGUAAGUGAUAAAAUUUAAGAUUUUAGAUAAAAGUUUUUUAUUGGCAGAUAAAUGAUGUAUUCAUGAAUAUGUAUAAAAGAUAUUAUACAUGUUGAAGCAUUAGUCCAAUUUUAAUUUUUAUGAAAACUGGUUCGGAAUACACGAGUAGACUGUAGCUCUAUAGAGCAAAAAAACAACAGAACUAUUUGAAUAUGACAUGCCAUAAUGCAACUAUCAUUUUUCUGCCUAUUACCCUAUGUAGUGUCUGUUUAUACAUAAAAAAAAUGUUUUUGAACCUAAAUAAUGGUAAAAAUCUUUUGCUUUUGGAGUGUUUUGUGUUAUCUGUAAUAGACACUGUACAUUACCGGUAUGUUAUCUUUAGCAGACAGUAUACAUGUAUUAUGUUAUCUGUAGUAGAAAUUCUACAUUAUGUUUUAUAGACCAGAUUCUGUACAUUUCUGUUAUCUCCAGACAAUAUUUAUAUUUGCAAUAGAGAUGAUGUGCAUAAUAAUUCAGAUUACAUGAAUUUACAUUUUUGCUGCCCAAUAUACUCUGCAAAUUUUGAAUAUGAAGCUGUUGUGAUUUCUUUUACUAGUACUAACAUCUUUUGAUGUAUUUACUGUGUAUUAAAUAAGGUGUUGAUGAUGUCAGACUGUUUGUCUGAAGCAGUCUGACUUCAGCUCAGCUUGGUAGGAAGGAUUGCAAUAUGAUAAGGUGAAUGAGUUCAGGUUGUGUUACAAGAAUGUGAAGGAUCACCCUAUUCUUUUGUCUCUUUUUAAAGCAGUGUUCAAGGUAAGCUCUUGUGAUCACCCUAUGUCGAGCAUCCUUCAUAAACAAUUUUGCUACUACUUAUCAGUAUGUCAAUUAUCCAGAGUAGUACAUUGUAUAUUUCAACAUGACUUUCUAAGAUUUGACUUAAAAAAUGCAGUAUUUUGUUCUGUAGAAUUUCAAAAUUUCUCAAACCCCCAACUGCAAGCAUGUUGGAUGUAGAUUUAUAGUAGUGACAAAAUUUUCAAAAUUUAUGUUUUGAACCUAAGACCCUGCAGCUGUUCCCAUCCCCAAACACACCCUAGUUUAAAAAAAAACUGCUUUGGUGUUUUUCCAUUUCUGUUUACAGCACUGAAAACCUUGUUAUUACUCUUGAGAUUACUUUUUGUACCUGAUCUUAAUAAAGAAUUGUCAAACUGCAGGUCUGUAUAAAGUUUAGGUGAAGUUUGUUACUUAGUCAUCUUGGGUCUUAAACCAGGUAUCUAUGUGAAAUUUUAGAAAAACAUUGUCAGCACACAAGAGGCCCCAUUUUAACCUGGUCUUCUUGAAGCCUUGUCAGAAUUCUUUUCUCUGUGAAUUUACAAGUUUGAAACUGGUUAAUGAAAUACUGUAAAAAAACUAGAUCAGUUUGGAAACUUGGUCACCUAUCUUCAAAAAAAUGUCACUUGGUAAAAUUAUAGAAAAUACUUGUAGUUUGUUUCACACUAAAGGCCACAUUAUCUGCCUGAUUAUCAUAAAACGACAGAGUCAAAAUGGAGUCUUGGCUCUCUUGUUGAAAUUGUAUUCAGAUAAAUUUUGCAUGUUCUAUGACAGUAUUUUAGUGAUAUGCUGAAUUGUGUAUAUGUAUGCCUGACAGCAUAUUUUGCUUUAUUGUUAGAUUUUGGUUUAGUAAACAUGUUGUUAAAUGUGAUCUCUUUUUAAUUCUGUGUUAAAGUUUUACUUCAAUAUUGAUUAUUUUAUUGAUAUGUAUCACACAAACUGCAGUCCCUUGACUUAAAGGUCUAGGUCACACUUUGGGGGUCAGAAAUCAUAAAAAAUGUUUUCUCAGUCAUAAAUUUGACCUACAUUCAGAAUUUUUCUUUGUUUGGCAGAAAUAAUUAACUCAGUGAAACAGAGAAUACCCAUGGAAUACUGGUUGCCCUUUGGUCGUCAGCAUUCUAGUAUGUAUUUAUUCUGCCCCCUAUUCUAGUACAUUUAUUAUGCCUUGGAAGAAGAGGGUGUAUAUUGUUCUGUUCCUUGUCUCAAUAUACUGUGGUUUCUGAUCAGUAAGUAGAGAAUGCUUUGUCUCACAUUGGUCAAAGUUUAUUGGAUGAUUGUAGUCAGUGAAUGACUCCUAUUAUUUUAGGGUCAGUAGGUCAACGUCAAGGAAUAACAAAAUAAACAGCAUUUGCUUAUAGUCGUCAUACUUCAUGGGAUUUUUGCCUGUGGUUUUUAGAUGACCUCUAUUGUUUUUUAGGUCAGUAAGUCAGAGUUUAAGGCCAUAAUGACGUUGAGACUUAAAACUGUAUCUGCUCAAAAUCUAAGGAGUGCCUUGGCCUACAGUUGUUAAAUGUCAUAUGAUGAUUGCCUGGGUCAUUAGAUGACUCCAAUUGUUUUGGGGGUUAGAAGGUGAAAGAUCUAGGUCUCGGUGACCUUGAGAAUGAAAAUGGAUCUUGCUUAAUACCUUUAGAACCCUAUAGCUUACUGCUUUCAAACUGCAUACUGUUAGGAUGGAUUGUUUGUGGUGACUAGAUGACCUCAAUUGUUUUGAGGUCAGUAGGUCAUAGGUCAAGGUCACACUAAAACAGCUUCAUCUCAGUAACUAAUGAACACGUUUGCCUACAUAGGAUGACCCUUAUGUCGAGGGGUCAGUAGAUCAAAGAACAAGGUCAGAGUGACCCCUGGACUAAAUAUGUGACAGGUCGUCCUUGGGGCAGGGGCAUACAAGGUUAAAAAACAGCCCUUAAUGUUUAUGUUUUAGCUUACCUGAGCACAAAGUGCUCAUGAUGAGCUUUUAGGAUCAUUGGAUGUCCAUUGUCCAUCUGUCCUUUAUCCACAAUUUCUAUAAAGAACAUCUCCUGAACAGUUACGUCAGUUUCAACCAAACUUCACAGGAUUGUUCCUUGGGUGGACCUUGGUUCAGAGUCCUUCAAAUCUAGUUCAUUCAUGCAGAAUUCUGGUUACCAUGGCAAUGAAAAGGAAAUAUUUUUAAAAUCUUCCCGUCAGAAACCGCUGACCCAAUUUUGAAAUAAUUUCGUAGAAAUGUUUCAUGGAUGAACCUCUGCAUGGCUCAUUCAGAUUUUUCUGUAACAUAAAAAACAUGGCCACUAGGGUGUGGGGCUAGUUUUCUCUAUAUGGCUGUAUGGAAAACUUGGAAAAUCUUUUUCUGAAACAGUUGCCUUGAUUUCAAAAUAAUUUCACUUUAUUAUGUUCCUUAAGUGACCCUCUACAAAAUCCUUUCAAAUUAAUGUUACGUUAAAAAACUUUGCUGCUAUGUGCUAGUUUUUUCUAUAUGGAAAACUUAAAAAGAAUUUCUUCUUUGAAACUGCUGGUCUGAUUUCAAAUUAAUUUGACUGCAAUGUUAGACCCUCUACAAAAUUCCUUCAGGCCAUGUUAAUUUGUUUAAAAAAUCAUGGCUUCCUAGGGGUGGGGCUAGUUUCCUCUCUGGUCAUGUAGAAAACCUGUCUCCUAUAUAACUGCUGGCCAGAAUUCAAAAAAUUAAAUUUCACACAAAUGUUCAUCAAGUGACCCUCUACCGAUUUCCUUUUAGCUCCAGCUCACAUUACUGUUUCUUAAUACUGCCUCCUGUGUCAUACUUCUCACACACAUAAACUUACAUACGCAAUCAUGCAUAUUACCGCUAAGUAUUUAUUUUGUUUGAAUUUUUAGAAAACACAGGCCAUAUUUCAAAAUAAUCACAAAUAUUUUCCUUGUGUGUUCUUCUACCAAAACUGUUCACGCUAACACAAACUCAGAUGAGUGAUCUAGGGCCGUCGUGGCUUUCUUGUUUUUAAAUGGAAACAGUAGGGUGCUUUAUCUUUUAUAAAAUAGUAUCAUUUGCCUGAAAUCAAAUAUUUGACAAAACUUUCUUGUGUUAACAGUAUACUAGUCAUAAGAUUAAAAUUUUCUAUUUUCUAUCGCAAAAUAAACUCUGUUCUCCUUG